AUGUCAAAUCCUGUUCCUAUAGUUUGUGACUCUGGUACUGGUUAUAUCAAGAUUGGGUAUGCUGGUGACAAUUUUCCUAAGUAUUCAAUUCCUGCUAUGAUUGGACGUCCUAUGUUGAGAUUUAAUUAAAAAAUAGAUGAUGUUGAAUUAAAAGAAAUUAUGAUCGGAGAUGAAGCAGCUCCUUAUCAAGCAAUGUUAGAAUUAACAAAACCUGUAGAAGAAGGAACUGUUAAAAACUGGUAAGAUAUGGAACUUCUUUGGGAUUAUUCCUUUAAAAAACUAGGAGCCGAAACAAAAGGAAAUACUGUAUUGAUGACUGAGCCUGUCUUAAAUCCUGCUUAGAAUAGAAAGAAAAUGGCAGAAGUUUUAUUUGAAUAGUUUAAUUUUGGAAGAAUGCAAAUUGGUAUCUAAGCUUUGCUUUCUCUUUAUUGCGAAGGUCUAACUACUGGUAUGCUCCUUGACUCUGGUGAUGGUGUCACACAUUGUAUCCCUGUUUAUGAAAACUUUAUUUUACCUCAUCUUGUUAAAAGAAUGAAUAUAGCCGGUCGUCAUAUGACUGAAUAUUUAAUCAAGUUACUUUUCAGAAGAGGAUAUGCAUUCAACUCAACAGCUGAUUUUGAAUUAGUUCGUGACAUCAAAGAAAGACUAUGCUAUGUUAGCGGAGAUUUAGUUGUAGAUAGAAAAUUGGCCAAUGAAACUACAUGCCUUGAAAAGGAAUAUCAACUUCCUGAUAAAUCAUAUAUUAAAUUAGGAAGAGAAAGAUUUGAAGCUGCAGAACUUAUAUUCAAUCCAGCCUUUGAUGGUCAUGCCUUCAAUGGUGUUUCUCAUCUUGUCUUUGAUGCCAUACAAGCAUGCGAUGUUGAUUUACGUAAAGAUAUGUAUCAAAACAUCUUAAUUUCUGGUGGUACUACUAUGUUCCCUGGUUUCCCAACAAGACUUCAAAAUGAUGUUAUCAGAUUAUACAAGACAAAUAUUUUAAAGGAAAGAAGCUACAAGGAUGCAAAAAUUAAAAUUAAAGUUAUUGAUCCUCCUAUGAGAAAGUAUAAUGUAUUUAUUGGUGGUGGUGUUUUAGCCAAAAACAUGUAAAAUAUUGACAAAUAUUGGGUAAGCAAAUAAGAUUAUGAAGAAUUAGGAAAAGAAAGAGUUAUAACAAAAUUCUAAAGUUCAGGAUUCUUUUAAUGA